AUGUGCGGCUACCUAGGGCAUCAGCACAAUGCGCAAGCAGUAGACUUGGACAUAGCUCACUGGUUACGGGGGCAGGGGCAAAUGCUGGAUGGAAUACAUACAAUAAAUGCGGACGCGCCGUGCACCAUGAAGUGGGCGGAGUAUACAAAAGACAAGAAGCAGGACGAUAACCCGGACAAGGUGGACGACACGAAAAUCACUGACAUAAAGAAGGCGGAAACGAAGAUAGUGGACGAGGCAAAAAGGGUAAUUGAGAAGGCCAAGGUCGCAGUAGAACAGGAAAUUGAAAAACAGAAAGCAGGCACGAAACCGCAAGCUCCACCCACUACGGUACCAGAGGUACCAGAGGAGCCUGUUCCUGAGGAGAAAGGACCGCCACAAGGGCCAGGGGCAGAGCGAGGUGACAGGGCAAGGGCUGAAACAGGGGCAUCUGAAACAGUACCUGCUGCGGCAUCCAUACCACAACCCCCACCUGCGGCACCACCACCAUCACAAUCAUCGUCGGGAUCGGGAUCAGGAACAACAGUAUCGAAGGAUACGAAAGAAACAGGUAAGUGCUCCAAGGGGACAGAGACCUAUACAGUCAAAAACGCAGGCGCAGGUGUCCACGGAUCCACAUCAAGUACUUCUGUGUCUUUUGGAACGACAUCUGACAUUGACAGUACUUGUGGGAAGAAACCCGAAGACUCGGGACCAGGUAAGCAUGGUGCCACUGGUCAGGGCUCGUUAGGAUCCCCAUCUGCACCCGCAGACGCAGCACCGAAAGUAUCAGACCCACAACUACCACCAACACCCACAACAACAGGAACAGAAACAACAUCAAACGCAACACCAGGCCCCGCACCGCCAGAUGGUAAACCCAUCGAUUCCGGCGCCCUAGGGGCCACCGUUGUUAGUGGCGGCAACGAUGACCCCCCUCCUCUCAAUCCACCCAAACCAAAACCGGCAUCCGACAAUCCAGAUCAAGCGGGUGCAAGCGGUAGCGGAGGAGGCGGCGCGGGCGAACCAUCCUCAGGAGGUGGUGCAGAUGGUGUUUCUGGUGGGGAAGGAAAAGGCGGUGCUGCUGGGGGUGCACCAGGAGGUGGUGGCGAAAGAGGAGGUUCCACUGGUCCCAGUUCUACUGGCCACCAAACUCCUGCUUCCUCAACACCCGGAUCCACCGACACUGUGAAUCCAGGUUCCUCCGGUACUGGUUCCACGGGACAAACGACUAAUGAGAAUGUUGAACCAAAAGAAACCCAGGAGGAUAAAUUACCUGCGGAUGCCCCCAUCACCCCUUCCGUGCCGACCGGCCUCAGAUGGGCAGAUGUCAAGUGGUACACCCCUGCCAUCAUUCCCGCGGUUGUUGGUAUUGGGGUCAUUGCCUUUUUCCUAUGGAAGUACUUUGCGUACCUCGCCAAACGACGACGACCGUAUCGCACCGUUCGUGACGUGCCGUCACCGCCACUCGACGAAGAAAUCUUGCAACAUCUACAACGCGGCGAACGACCGCCACCCGAUUACGGGUACACAAUGGUUACGGAUAGGCAACCUGCGUCAACAUCCGGUAGAGCACGCCCACCACGCGUGCAUAAGCGCACGAUUAUCGAGCUACAUCUAGAAGUGCUCAACGAAUGCGAAACGGCCGCAUGGGAAAACGUCAACGACGACUAUUGGAAGAUUGUCGUGCAGCAGUUUGCACAGGAUUUGAUGCAGAACGAGGACACAAAUAACAAUACCUUGGUUGUUUCUACCACAACGCAGGCUUUAUCAGGAAACAAUGUUUCCUCCACUGACUCGGCAGGAACGGAUCCAUGUCCACCGCAUGAACACGACCCCGAUCCAUGGAGUUGUAUGGAAAACAUACAGUUAGCAACGGAACCUUCUGCAUCUAACGCACAUGACCCCGAUUCAUGGAGUAGUAUGGAAACUAUACAAUUACAAACGGACCCUUGUCCACCGAAUGAACCCGACCCCGAUCCAUGGAGUUGUAUGAAAAACAUACAGUUAGAUGCACCAUACAGCCGUGCCCCUACUGUUCCGGGGGACGCGACGUCCGCCUGCAUCCAUUGGAUUGACCGGCACAAGCACCUAUUGCGCGAGUGCACGACGCAGCCGUGGUUUCUGCAAUUAAAAGCGGAUUGGAAACAAUACCUGCAUCAACAUUGGACAGAUGCGGUAUCCGGCAACAGUGAACUCGGUGAGCGUGGCAAUAUCCCAUCCGUAGAGAUGAAGAAAGAUGCCUGGAAAAAGUGGGUUGCAAGGCAACAUGCGCUUAUGAAUACAUACAGUGAGCAGGAGUGGUUUCAACAUUUGUUGAAUAAUGUAGAGCAGGAGACAGAAUCGCAAAAAGGCGAAGUACCUGCAGUGGAAACGGACUUAGAAGUGGAAAAUGUAAUGGCCGCAGAACAUAUGCUAAGAAUGAGAGAUGCACCACGGACGCAACUGCAUCAGCCACCUCAUAUGAAAAAACCGUUAAGCGCUAACACAUGGAUACUGAUCCUGGCAUUAGUCAUCGAAGCAUGCGAGCUCGAGAGUAGUAUGCAACAGAAGGAGUUAUAUGUAGAUGAACUACUGGACAAGCUCUGA